AUGGCGGCCCCUCCUGAUGAUAUAGCUGAUGCUAUGCGUGGAGUCGUUGCACUGUUAAUACCAAUAAUAAGCGAUUUUACAGUAAGUGUAUUAAGAAAAAGUGAAAGAAGAAGAGCAAGGGUAUGGAUAAGGAGUUGGAUUCGUCGUAGAUCACAACUCGGAGUUUCAGAUACCUUACUCAGAGAAUUAGCUGUAGAGGACCGUGCCAAGUACAAAGAGUGGGAAUUAGUGAAACGCAAAUUUGAAGUGCAGUGGAACUUUCCCAAUUGUGUAGAGGCAAUAGAUGGGAAACACAUCCAGAUUAAGUGCCCUCCUAAGAGUGGUUCUAAUUACUACAACUACAAGGGUACAUUCAGCAUCACAUUGUUUGCGUUAGUUGAUGCAGAAUACAAUUUUUUAUACAUAGAUGUCGGUGCUAAUGGAAAAUCAAAUGAUGGUGCAGUUUUUCAAGCAUCUACCUUGAACAUUGCUAUGGAAAGUAACAGCCUGAAUUUACUGCAGAAUACGAUUCUUGUUGCAGUUGAUGCAUUUCCAUUAAGAAAAGACAUACUCAAACCUUUCAGCAAACGGAAUUUAUCAAUUUCAGAAAGAAUAUAUAGACUUUCUAGAGCACGCAGAGUUUCGGAAAAUGCAUUCGGUAUUUUAGUUGCUAAAUUUAGAGUCUUUGAACGGCCAAUUGCGUUGUCUCCUGAAACUGUGGAUUUGGUUGUUAAAAGUUCUUGUGCACUUCACAACUGGCUUCGUAAGUGA